AUGAAGUUCCUAGCAUUGAUUGUCGUGUUGGCAAUUUCUUUAAACGUGGUCACUGCUUGCACCCCGUCAACAAAUGGAAUGUGCAACCCAGAUCUGCUCCAAUGUUGUGGACUGCAAUUGAAAUCCGAUUUGGGUCUCUCUAAUUGUUAUGGCAUUCUUGCAUUCGAACCCGAAUGUCACCGACAAGAAAUUGAGAAUAUGUACAUCAAUGGUAUCAGUGGCUUGAUGAAAGUUUGCGAUGACGCUGUGAAAGUUGUUUCUAUGUACAAGCAGUUUGGAUUUGCAUGUGGUGCUGGAUUCGAAGGAUUCGCUAACAACGAUGCUUGCAUGUCACAGAUCUUCGCUACCAAACAAACUCAGAUCAACAGUUGUCGCGCCAAAUUUGCCAAUAACAUCUUGGCAGAUUACAAAAAUCAUUGCAUGUACUUUGAACAAUACACCGGAUGUUUCAACGCACUGUUUGAUCACAGCUCCUGCAACGCUGAGAGUACUUGGUGGGGGUGUGAAUACGCAAGACAAUCCGGAAGAGUUGUAUUACACGACUGCAACUUGCAAUGCUCCACAUUGUGA